CAAUUGUGUUAAGAGUUAACAUUCUGCCCCCAGAAUGAUUCUGGCUGUGGACCGUCCUUAGGAGAACUGAGAAAAAUAAACGCCCCAGCCCUUUGUUGUUGGGGGUCUUCAGUCCCCGCAGGACUCAGUUUAAAGAAGGCCGGCAUAGACAGCACGAGGCCGCGCGUGCAAUGCCACAUGAUUACAGUUCUGCGAGACUGAGAAGUAAUUGCUCAAGGACUUUCCUGGAAUGGUACACCUGCGCUGAGAACAAGAUGCGAAGACCCAGCUUGCUCUUAAAAGACAUCCUCAAAUGUGCAUUGCUUGUGCUUGGAGUGUGGAUCCUUUAUAUCCUCAAGUUAAAUUACACCUCUGAAGAAUGUGACAUGAAAAAAAAGCACUAUGUGGACCCUGACCGCAUAAAGAGAGCUCAGAGAUACGCUCAGCAAGUCCUGCAAAAGGAAUGUCGGCCCAGAUUUGUGAAGACGGCGAUGGCGCGGCUAUUUGAGCACAGGUACAGCGCAGACUUGGCGCCCUUUGUGGAGAAGGUCUCCGGAGCCAGUGAGGCCGAGGACAAGUAUGAUCCUCCCUUUGGAUUCCACACGUUCUACAGUGAAGUCCAGUCCCUCCUGGAAAUACUGCCCGAGCACGACUUCCCUGAACAUUUGAAAGCCAAGCGCUGUCGGCGCUGUGUGGUGAUCGGAAGCGGGGGAAUUCUGUAUGGACUGGAGCUGGGCCGUGCCCUGAACCAGUUUGACACUGUGAUAAGGUUAAACAGUGCACCAGUUGAGGGAUAUUCCGAGCAUGUUGGAAAUAAAACUACUAUAAGGAUGACCUAUCCAGAGGGUGCGCCGCUGUCUGAUGCUGAAUAUUAUGCCAACGACUUGUUCGUCACUGUUCUCUUUAAGAGCGUUGAUUUCACUUGGCUUCAAGCAAUGCUAAAACGUGAAACCCUGCCAUUUUGGAUCCGGCUCUUCUUCUGGAAGCAGGUGGCGGAAAAAAUCCCACUACAGCCGAAACACUUUAGGAUUUUGAACCCAGUUAUCAUCAGAGAAACUGCCUUUGACAUCCUUCAGUACUCCGAGCCUCAGUCCAGAUUCUGGGGCCGAGAUAAGAACAUCCCCACGAUCGGCAUUAUUGCUGUGGUGUUAGCCACACAUCUGUGUGAUGAGGUCAGCUUGGCAGGUUUUGGAUACGACCUCAGUCAACCCAGAACGCCUUUGCACUACUUUGACAAUCUGUGCAUGGCUGCCAUGAACUGGCAGACGAUGCACAAUGUGACAACGGAGACCAAGUUCCUCAAGAAGCUGGUCAAAGAGGGCGUGGUGACAGACCUCAGCGGGGGCGUCCACUGUGAAUUCUGAGCAGGGCAGACCUCUCGGAAAUGCAGUGGGGACCGAGCACUGGUCUGAAUUGUCUUUUGGAUGCAUUUCAUCCUGCGAAUACUUGGAAGUGCAGCUGGUGUUUUUAACUUUUAAUUUAAAGAGAACAAAGACAAAGUUUAGCUCUUCCCACAUUUUUCUAUUUAUUUGACGACAGUAGUUGUUUUUUGCACAACAUUUUAUAAGUUACAUUUAAGAAUGGAGUUGGAAAGACUUUUCCAAGAGAAUUGUAUGAAAUGAUGUUUAUUUUAAGAAAGUAAUUGAGUUGGUGAGCGCUCUGUCCACGCAGUGUGUGCGUCAAAUACCAGGUGAUGAAGUGGGGGAGGGGCGCACCCUGUCUUUUGAUGAUGUCACUGAACGCCUGAUUGGUCCUUGCUGCUCUGUCUGGUGGAACCCAAGGAGGCAGUGUUUCCAGUCACCAAACCACUGGCCACUGUGGGAGGCCUGGGGCCAGCUGGACAAGUUCAAGGCCCCUGCCUGUUAGCCCGCCCUCUGCCAGAGGACUUGCAGAAGCAAUCAGGGGAGCUAUUCUGGUGACCCCUUGGUCCCUGCGUGUCCCCUGAAUACUGUGAAGCUGCUCUGGGCUGCAGAAGCCACAGUCUUUUCAGCAAUUGUGAAGGCCCUUGAAUUUCUUGAGAAUUUUUUAAUUGCCCUUUCAAAGCAUUCAAGUGUUAUCUAAGAUGUUCUGCCAUCUGUCUGAGGUGGCUUAAAAGAUGAGGACGAAACCUCUCUUUCCAGAAUCAAGGGGAAUAAACCCCUUCCCGGAAUAAUCACAUUUUCUGAAACAUACUUCUGAAAUCUAAUCCUCCCAGUGUUGUAAAUUGCUCAUUUAAAAGAAUCCCAGAUUUUUGAAUGCCCACCUGGCAGUGUGUGCCAGGCAAUGUACUGGUGCAGGAAAAAAAUAGAAAAGGAACAAUAAAAGCUUUGAGGAGCCCUGUGGUCUAGUUAA